AUGGCAGAUCGACGAAAGAGGGCCUCCGAUGUAGAGAUGACUUCCAUCAACAAGAAAAGCAACCGACAUGUAGAGCAGAGUCAUACACUGUCUGCGUGGCAAGACGUUACCCAGAUGACACCGGCAAUGGGUACAGUAUUGCCAUCAACACUACGAGAAGAACGCUCUUCUUUUCCAGUAUCGCCAGAUAUGGAACUCACCUUUCCGGGUGCCUUUGCUGUAGAUGGAAUUUCAGACAAUCGGGAUGCCAUAAUUGAAGAGGCUGUGGAUCAAGAACCCAUUGAUGCUCUUGUGACACAAAUUCCAGAACAUGAAAAUAUUGAGGAUUCCAGCCUCUUGGAGAGUACUUGUACAGAGACAACAGUUCAAAACCAGAGAUCCAUUAAGUACUGGAGGCAAAGGUUGCUUUAUGUCCUUUCAUUGGAAGCCAAUGUUGUUUUACUCUCAGUUGUUCUGGCACUGCUCCUAUGUAUGGCAGUUUCGUUUGGAGGACAUGACAACAGCGACACAAGUCAAUCAACAGGCAUCAAAGUUCCUUCAAGAACUCCAGGAUUUGUAGCAAUGCCAACAAUGGCACCAGCAAAUUUGCUGGAUUCGCUCCAUUUUCCUGAUUACACACUGGAAGCUUUAGAAAACCCCACGAGUCCUCAGUCCAAGGCAUAUGAAUGGCUGAUCAACAACAUCAACAAUAAAAGCUCUACCCAAAACAUUCUACCAAAAUGGAGACUGAAGCAGAGGUUUGCUUUGGCCACAUUCUACUACUCUACAAGAGGGGACUUUUGGGUGAAACAUGGUGGAUGGUUGAAUUGGGAGACGAAUGAAUGCGACUGGGAACAAGUGAUCUUGAAUAAAAAUGUCUCUCCUGAUCUCUGCUGUAAUGAGAUGGGAGAAAUCAAGGCACUGGUCUUUCACAUCGCCAAUAACAUGGAUGGAACUAUUCCACCAGAGAUAUCUUUUCUUGGCAAGAGCUUGCAGCUUUUGAAGCUGAAUCAGCAACAGCAACUUAUGGGGUCUAUUCCAACAGAGCUUGGAGAGCUGACACAAUUAUCUAAGCUGACAUUGACAACAACAGGCAUUUCUGGCACAAUUCCAAUAGAGCUGGGUCUUCUGACGAAUCUUGGGCAACUCAAACUCAAACUCAAACUCAACAAUUUAUUGGGGUCUAUUCCUUCUGAGCUUGGCAAAUUGGGAAAUAUCACAAAUUUCAUGUUGCACGGGACACAUCUUACAGGGUACCUCCCUACCGAAUUCUACCAAUUGUACAAGCUAGAAAUCCUAGACGUGACCGAAUGUUCUAGACUGAAUAUGGAUUUUGUUCUUUCAGAAAUUGCUGAGAAUAUUCAACAAGUGCAAUCCAUUACGCUCAUCCAAAGAGCACGCGGAGACAAGAUGCCACUUCCGUCCCAUCUUGGCAAUCUGACCAAGCUAUCUGAUCUGGCUUUGAACGAUUGGAAUAUCUCGGGCACAAUACCAAGCAACUUUGGGGAUCUGACAGAGUUGGUGAGUAAUGCAAGCCAAUGA